AUGGCUGAUGCUGCUAUUGUCCUACAGUUAGCAACGCUCAAUCGUGACAACUUAGAUGAGCAUGUAUUCUUGUUGUACUCCGAAAACGCUCCUUUGAACAAUUUGGGAUUUGUCGAUAAGGCAUCUGACCACGUCACCAUUUCACUCCCCGAGAGUAAUAUCGAUCUUACAGUGAGGCAAUCCAUUUCACAAUUGUCGUCAAAGCAAACAACGAGUACUACAGGGUACAUAUGUUGGAACACUUCUAUUCAUGUAGCAGACUGGCUACUAUCUCCAUUGUGUCCAUUCAAGCUAUCAAAGUCCCAUGUUGUUUUAGAGUUGGGGUCAGGCGUUGGCGGCGUCUGUGCAUCGGCCUUACUGAAACUUGCUGGUCACUAUAUUGCAACUGAUCAAAGACACAUUUUAAAACUAUUAAGGGAGAACAUCAUGGCCAAUGUUGCAAACUACAAAAGUACCACCUUGCCUAGAUCGUCACCAAAUCUGAAUAUCACCCUUGACGUGAUAGAAUUUGAUUGGGAGGAUGUCGACAAUGGAUACUUUAAUGUUUCAAAGCUUGAAACUCAACCGAUAGAUGUAAUAAUUGCAUGCGAUACUAUUUAUAACGAGUACUUGGUGGGACCUUUCAUUAAUACGCUUAAAACCCUUUUACAUUCAGACGCAUAUGCUUUAAUUGCGAUUCAGUUGAGAGAUGCAGUGACAAUUGAACAAUUUGUUAUAGAUUUGGUACAUGCAGAUGGACUAUGUACAUCCGUAGUUCCUUCGAAUUUGUUGAAUGAAGGACUCAAAUCGGGAUACCAAGUUUACUACGUGACAAAAAUACAAUAG